AUGAUAGCCCAUCUAUUCGAUGCUCCACUAGGAGAGUCAGAGACUGUUGUGGGAGUUGGAACUGUUGGGUCGUCGGAGGCAAUCAUGGCAAGCCUUGCUUUCAAGAGAAAGUGGCAGAACAAGCGGAGAGCCAAGGGGAAACCAUGCGAUAAGCCUAACAUUGUCACCGGAGCCAAUGUGCAGGUUCGUUGGGAGAAAUUUGCAAAUUACUUCGAGGUGGAACUUAAGGAAGAGAAGCUGAGGGAAGGCUACUAUGUGAUGGACUCGGUGAAAGCUGUGGAACUAGUGGAUGAAAACACCAUCUGUGUUGCUGCUAUCUUGGGUUGGACUCUCAAUGGAGAAUUCGAAGAUGUCAAGCUCUUGAAUGAUCUUUUGCUUGAAAAGAACAAGCAAACUGGGUACACAAGAGUCUUAAGAAUCACUUACAGCUCAGUGUUGGGAAUAUUCAAUUUUUCAAUUAUAUGUAAUAACUUAUGUAUCUCUAUUCUGUUCAAUUCUGCAUGUGGCAUACCCCAAUUCAUGGUGGAUUCAUUGCACCAUUUCUCUAUCCAUAGCUCAAAGUGGGAUUUUCGACUUCCAUUGGUGAAGAGCAUCAAUGUUAGUGGGCAUAAAUAUGGUCUUGUGUAUGCUGGAAUUGGGUGGGUGAUUUGGAGGAGCAAAGAAGACUUACCUGAGGAACUUAUCUUUCACAUCAACUACCUUGGAGCUGAUCAACCUACCUUCACCCUCAAUUUCUCUAAAGGUUCAAGCCAAGUUAUUGCUCAGUAUUAUCAACUAAUUCGCUUGGGUUAUGAGGGACACCAAAAUGUCAUGGAAAAUUGUCGGGACAACGCUCUCGCGCUGAAACAAGGAUUGGAGAAGACAGGCCGAUUCAACAUUGUGUCCAAGGACAAUGGUGUUCCGGUGGUUGCCUUCUCGCUUAAGGAGAAGAGUCGGUACAACAAGUUUGAUGUGUUAGAUAUGCUGCAUAGUUUUCAGUGGAUUGUGUCUGCCUACACGAUGCCACCAGAUGCUCAACAUGUGACAGUGCUUCGGGUUGUCGUGAGGGAAGAUUUCUCAUGCACCCUAGCAGAGCGCCUAGUGGAUGAUAUCACAAAGGUCCUCCAUAAAUUGGAUAUCUUCCCUGCUAAAAUAAGUGCCAAUAUGAUGUCCGAUGAUCAGAAAGUGAAAAAUGGCACCAUGGUGAAGAGAACAGCUCUUAAGACGCAGAGGGAAAUAACUGAUGCUUGGAAGAAAUUUUUCAUGCAUAGGAAAACCAAAGUAAUUUGCUAG